AUGUUGACAUUUGAUGAGAAUGGUCACCACAAGCCCACAUACAAGCACACCAAGGCGUCUCAGAAGGCAGGCCCCUACCAGCUUCACCGGGUUAACUCACUACACAGCUCGAGCAGCAAUCGCUCCUUGGACAAUCUCAGCCGGGGCUCUUCAGCCAGCAGUGGUGGCUUGUUGCAGGAACAGCGAAAGGCCAAGUCCGAGGCGACUUCGCCCUUGAUGACGGGCUCAUCAAGCUUCAUGCAGUUGAACAGCUCUCUGCCUCCGCUCGACUUGUCAAAUAUCGGCUAUACUCCGUACAUCACAGAUAACCUCGACAAUAUCUUCGGCAGCGUGUCAGAUCACGAACCCGCCCUCUUCAGCGCAGGCCUCAGCGCGUCGGUCGAUUGGAGCCACUACGAUGGACUCGAAUUCGCGUCCAAGGCCAACGAGAAUUUUGCCCCGUCCAGCUUCAGCCAACCGCAAAGCUUUGGCGGGUUCGAGCAACCUCCAACGCUGACCACGUCAACAUCCGGCGAAGUCUCCGAAGUGGAAGACUUCAUUCCCAGCACCGGUGACGAUUUCGACAUCAUGGGCACUUUCAGCCGCACCAGUACUACCAGCACUGGCUUCAAUUUGGGCCCCACGCAGGCAAACCUGCUUGGCAGCACAGAUUUGACCACCAUCGACUAUGAAGAUUUUAAGUUCAUGAAGGCUGGGAACAAAUUUCUUCCUUCUCCUGCGUCACUUCCAGGCGAGGAAUCGUCUCUGGUUCCCACGACGGCUGUCACCAGCAUGAAUAAUUUCUCACUGGUCGAGGACGAUCCAGCUUUCUGGAUGGCGGAUUAUUCCUCCCACACCCUGCCGAUCAUGACUGAGUCGCCCGAUCCGAAUGCCCCGUCGUUCUGGGAUACUCAGUAA